UGGUCGAAACAUGUUAACUAUAGGUUUACCAGUGUGCAGAGGGGUCCACUGUAUGUGAUCAGUUUUCAUUAAUAAAGCUGGAGCAACUAUCCCACAAGUGUUGGAUCAAGCUUUCUCUUUUUUACUGCUAACACAAGACCUACCUGGUUGGAUCCGUGCGCUGGGAAUGCGACAUACAGGGUGUCAGUCUCAGCAGUGACUUUAUAACUGGCUUCUGCCAAGAAACAGAGGACGACCACCAGCAAACACUGUCACUGUUACGGGACGUUUCCUACAAUGCAGCUUUCCUGUUUGCCUACAGCAUGAGGAAGAAAACAAGAGCCUUCCACCGGUUAAAUGACGAUGUCCCACCCGAAGUGAAGAAAAGGAGGCUGGAGGAACUCAUUGAAGUCUUCAGAGAAGAGGCAGAAAAAGUCAGUCAAAGAGCAGUGGGAAGUACCCAGCUUGUCCUGGUGGAAGGAGCAAGUAAGCGUUCAGCCUCAGACCUGUGUGGAAGGAAUGAUGGAAACACUAAAGUGAUUUUCCCUGAUCUUCCCAUGGCAAGCAAUUCAUUAUCGGAGAGCGAAGUCCGAGCCAGACCAGGGGACUAUGUGUUAGUGAAGAUCCUUUCAUCUAGCUCCCAAAGCUUAAGAGGAAGACUACUUGGUCUAACUAGCCUUCAGUCAUCACAGGCCUAUUCCUGGCCUUAGUGCUGGGACUCCAAAUGAAUAUUUAUUGGUUUUCUAUAUUCAGUAGUAUUGUUGUCCAGCACACAUUAAACACCUCAUACUAUACAUACUUUUGUAAGAAGAUCAUAAUACUUUUAAUACUGUCUAGCUGUUCUGGAAAAGUUUACUAAUGAGUCUAAAACUCACGAUACACAUUCGAUUAUCGUUAUCCGAACCCAUCAACUUAAUAUGUAUGUGGACCUUCUGACUCUCCCCUGACUGAUGAUAUCUGGGGAAAGAAGGAUUGGGCAACUUGAAUUUCAACAUCUGAUCCCGGUGUUCUAGCAGAAGAGAAGCUGCCACCAGAGGUGUCUGGUAGUGUCUUUCUACUAUUUUGCCAUUGAAAACACAUGCAUGCUCAGCCCAACUGAAUGUUACCAGCUUGUAGAAGUAGAUUGAAUUAUUUGUAUUUUGAAAGAACACAGCCUUUCCGUGACCAUAGCAUCUGUGCGCGUGAAACACCGGAAGCGCGCAUUUCCUUUGAUGCUGCCCCAUGCGUCUCUGGAGC